CCCCGCCCAUCUGGCUGAGUUCCCCCAGCCACUCUGGGCAGCUCCCAAUCGAGUGUUAAAAACAAUACAGCAUUAAAUAUUAAAAACUUCCCUAAACAGGGCUGCCUUCAGAUGUCUUUUAAAAAUAGGAUAGCUGCUUAUUUCCUUGACAUCUGAUGGGAGGGUGUUGCAUAGGGCAGGAGCCACUGCCGAGGAGGCCCUCUGUCUGGUUCCCUGUAACCUCACUUCUCGCAACGAGGGAACCACCAGAAGGCCCUCGGUACUGGACCUUAGUGUCCGGGCAGAACGAUGGGGGUGGAGACGCUCCUUCAGGUAUACAGGACCGAGGCCAUUUAGGGCUUUAAAGGUCAGCACCAACAUUUUGAAUUGUGCUCGUAAACGUCCUGGGAGCCAAUGCAGAUCUCUCAGGACCGGUGUUAUGUGGUCCCGGCUGGGAUCCUGGGACCUGGGUUGUGGGCGCCAAAACAGAAUGUCUAGUCACCAUUUGGGGGGCUGGCAACAUUUUUUCUUUAUUAUUUUGAUAAGCAUGAACUAAUACGCAAUUUACAUAAGAGACACAUUGUUACUAUCACAUUUUUAGCAGAAAUUGUUAAUACAUAAGUGUAAUUUGGUGUUUACAGUAAAAAUAUUGGCACCGUACUUCAGUAUUCAAAACACUCUACUUUUUAUUGUUAAACUCCUUAACAUAUUGACUAUCUUUAACAUAUACUUGGAGCCUUCAAAGCACAUGCAUUUCAGUAAUCCUUGAGUGUCAGCCAGGCAGAAAAAAUGGCACCCAUAUUUUUUAGCACAUGGAGAAUCUUUAGGCACAAAGUGCGGCUGGCACCCUGCUAAUUUCAAACCCUGUCUGGGAGGCAGGAAGCCUGAUUGGGCAAGUGGGGUUGGUUGGUUGGCAUCUGCCUGUCUCAGGAGAUAAUGGAAGAGUGCAUCUUUGGGGAUCAAGUCAAACCAUCUGAGUUACAGUGCCUGCUGUGGCUGUAGAGACCGAUGUGGGAGAGACAUGUUUUGUUGCAGCUGGAGCAGAUGAUGGCGUCCAGUUGUGCUGCUGCAGAUGCACCAUGGCAUUUAUUCUUUCUGCGCUCCUCGCAGCUGUCAUUGCUCCUCCGGUGACUGCUGUGGAUACAUGACCUGACAGAUUGUCUCUAGGUGUUGCGGUCGUCUGCAAGGGAUUCCCACGCGGCGGUGUUAAUGUUGUCAGCUUUCAUGUCAUGUCAUGUUUGCAGACAUCUUUGUAACACAGUUGGUCUGCCAAAAUUCACGCCAAGUUCUUUUGCUCGCUUGUAAUGAUAGAUAGUUGGGUUUUGUACCAAUACCUUAAAAAGCAACAAUUUGAAUAUAAUGUCAAGCAUAGACUCGUGUUUUAAUCUGUGAAGGUGGAAAUUCAGCUGAAGGGGAGAUUUAAAGCUGAGAAGCGAUGGGUGGGGAAAGUAUUCAGCACCCCUGCCCUUACCUAGUGUCAGUCUGCUCCAUAUUGUUCUCUCUCUCAACGUUGCUUUUCCAGAAGGAUUGGCAAAGGAUGUUGGAAUUCGCUUACCCCCAUUUUGCAUAUGAUGCCAGCUUGCUGCCAUGAUUUGGUGCUAAAAGUGGCUGUAGCUAAAACAGUUCUAAAACUUGCAGUGUACCUAGAAGAGAGGAUACCAGUGAAUGCUUCCUCAUAAGUUGCUGGUAGAAUUCACCGCAGCAAAUUCUUUGGGAAAUGGAGAUAGCAUCCUUGGAGAUAAUCCUGUGCGAAGAGUAUUUCACAUUCAAAUUGUUAAGUUGGUGUUCCAGCUGAUGAUUUUUCUGGGGAGAUCAAAUUGAUUCAUUUGUGUGUGCUCUGUGAGCAGUGUAGUUCUGUUUCUUCCAUCCAUUUUCAUUAACGCAAUUUCUCUGUGUUAUUCCUCUUAGACAAUCUGCUUCAUAUUGACUCGUCACCAUUCCAGGAUAGUGGUGUCUGCGGGGCUCUUUGCUGACAUUGACAUGGUAGAGAAGAUUUAAAAUUGGCUGAUGUUCACAAGGAAAAGAGUCACGUGAUGUAUGAAGGCAAACACAUACACUUUUCUGAGGUUGACAAUAAGCCGCUGUGCUCGUACAGCCCCAAACUGUGCAAGCAGAGGCGACUUAACGGCUACGCCUUCUGUAUCAGGCACGUUCUGGAGGAUAAGACUGCUCCCUUCAAGCAAUGUGAAUAUGUGGCCAAGUACAAUAGCCAACGCUGCACCAACCCCAUCCCCAAAUCUGAGGACCGUAGGUACUGCAACAGUCACCUGCAGGUACUUGGCUUUUUACCGAAAAAGGAGAGGAAGAAAAAGAAUGACCCCGUCGAGGAGGUAAAAGUUCGGAACCAGAUGGAUUCUGUGGCCUUCAGCCUGACAGUUCCUCCACUGGCCUUGAAGAUGCCCAAUGGACUAGAUGGGAUGUCCCUCUCUCCACCGGGUGCCAGGCUUCCUCUCCACUACCUGGAAGCGGAACUGGAAGACCCCUUUGCUUUCAACGAGGAAGAUGAAGAUCUCAAGAAAGGGGCAACGGUGAAGAAGAAACUGCAGAGCAAAUUAGCCCAGAACCGGCAGCGCCAGAGAGAAACAGAGAUUCUGAAAGUUCGCCAAGAGCACUUUAGCCCUCUUCCUGCACCUUUGCAGCAGCAGCAGCAGCAGCAGCACUCCCAUCUAUCGCCAUUACCAACUUCUCUAAAGCCAGCAGGGCUACCGCAGGGCUUGGUCUGCAAGUCACCUCAACCUCAGAACACCAGCCUACCAGUGCAGGGAGUGGCUCCCACCACGUACACUAUAGCACAAGCCAGGCAGCCGUCUAACAAAAGACUUCUGCCUCCCCUGCACCCUACUAGGGCUCCUGGCCCAGACCCGCCUGGGGUGGACAGGAUCCUUAUGAAAGCCACAGCCUUCUCUCCGCACUCAUCCUGUAUGAGCCGGCUACAGAGACUGGUGAAACUGUGCACUCAGAAACAGCAGCUGGAUGCUGAUCUGUUUCCGCAUUUAGGGUUGGACUGGUCUGAAGACAGUGGAGAAGAAUUGGAAGAACUGGAACAAACCUCGCCAUACCAGGUUGCAUGGUCUAUUCGGGAAGCCCUCAGAUAUGACAGGAAUGAGCCAGAUGAUGAUGCUGACGCCAGUGGCAGGAGCUCCCGCAUUUCCCAACUUUGCACUUACUUUCAGCAGAAAUACAAGCACCUCUGCCGCCUGGAGCGGGCAGAAUCUCGCCAGAGGAAAUGCCAACAUACAUUCCGGAAAGCCUUGCUGCGGGCAGCCAGCCGAGAGCCGGAGUGCGCUGGGCAGCUGAUACGGGAGCUCCGAAGAGCUUCGUGUACUCGAAACAGCACAAGCCAAGUGAAGCAGAGGGACGUGUCACCAUGUAGAGGGACAACAAAGGGCGAACCAUGCACCAACAAGGCUCUUCCGUUCACUAAACAUUGUUUUCAACAUAUCCUCUUGAACCGGUCACAGCAGCUUUUCUCAAGCUGCACAGCCAAGUUUGCAGACGGACAGCAAUGCUCUGUGCCAGUUUUUGACAUUACGCACCAGACACCCCUGUGUGAAGAACACGCCAAAAAAAUGGAUAACUUCUUGAGAGGAGACAGCUCCCGCAAAGUCCAGCACCAGCAGCAGAGGAAACCCAGGAAAAAAACAAAGCCACCUGCUCUUACCAAAAAACACAAGAAGAAGAGAAGGCGAGGGCCACGACGUCCCCAAAAACCGAUUCCUCCUGCUGUGCCCCAAGGAAACCUCAGUAUGCCCACCAGCGUCUCACUGCCAAUGGAGAUCUCCCAUAUACGGAGCCCUUCCACACCGGAGCUGAGUACAGAUGAGCUGCCAGAUGACAUCGCCAAUGAAAUCACAGACAUUCCACACGACCUCGAAUUGAAUCAGGAGGACUUCUCUGACGUCCUGCCACGGCUGCCUGAUGACUUGCAAGACUUUGAUUUCUUUGAAGGUAAAAAUGGAGACCUCCUCCCUACGACCGAAGAGGCAGAGGAGCUGGAACGGGCCUUGCAGGCUGUGACUUCUCUUGAGUGCCUGAGCACUAUAGGAGUGCUCACACAGACAGACGGUGUGCCGGUUCCAGAACUAUCGGACAGAGGGAUAGGGGUGUUCUCCACGGGUGCUGAAACUUCAGGAAUUCAGUCCUUGAGCCGGGAAGUCAACGCGGAUCUAGGUGAGCUGCUGAAUGGGCGUAUAGUGCAUGACGAGAAUUUCUCUAGCCUGGACCUGGAUGAUAGCUUGCUCCGCUCUGCUACCUUAUCCAACCCACCUACGCCCCUGGCAGGGCAGAUUCAGGGGCAAUUCUCUGCCCCAGCCAACGUUGGCCUUACUUCUGCCCCUCUGAUAAGUCAGAGUGGGCUUGGGGAGAGAGCCUUCCCAGGACAAUUUCAAGGACUUCACGAUGGCAGCCAUGCCUCCCAGAGGCCACACCCUGCCCAGCUGCUAAGCAAGGCAGACGACCUAAUCACCUCACGACAGCAAUACAGCAGUGACCAUUCACACUCCUCACCCCAUGGAAGCCAUUAUGACAGUGAGCACGUGCCGUCGCCCUACAGUGACCAUAUAACGUCCCCUCAUGCCACCUCCUACUCUGGCGAUAACUUGGCAGCUACGUUCUCCGCAGAGAUGCCCAUCAUAGCACAGCACCUGCUCCCUUCGCAGCUGGAGGUGCCGCUCGGUGGCGUGGUGAACCCCAGAACUCACUGGGGGAGCCUCCCCGUCAACCUCGGCGACCCUUCUCCGUUCAGCAACCUGCUCGGUGCCGACGGACACCUGCUCUCCACCUCCCUGUCCACGCCACCGAGCACAUCGCACUCAGAGACCACGCAGCCUGCCUUCGCCACCGUGACCCCCAACAGCUCCAGCGUGCUCCCGGGGUUGCCGCAGACCAGUUUCAGUGGCAUGGGCCCCGGGUCCUCUGAACUCAUGGCCUCCACUUCCCCAAAGCAACAGCUCCCUCAGUUCAGCGCCGCCUUUGGCCACCAGCUGAGCUCCCACAGCGGCAUCCCCAAGGACCUGCAGCCAAGCCACAGCUCCAUAGCGCCUCCCACAGGCUUCACAGUAACAGGUGCCACAGCUACUAGUACCAAUAAUGCGUCUGCUUCCUUCACCACCUCCAGCUGAGCUCUCGUCUGUCUGCAAAUUUCAGGCAGUUGGGGGACCUUACGUUCCCUCUCACCCCACCCUGGCCCACUUCUCUUUUCCUGAUUUUUUGUCAUCUCCUUUUUAAAGACGUCAUUUAAAUUUAAAAAAAAAAAGAGGGGGCAAAAAGUCCUGAUUCGGUGCAGACCAGGGUUCCCCCAUCGCUCUGCUCUGCUCUCUUGAUCUUAUGUGCUGGUUUCUGUAUUGGUGCUCAUUUACUCCUGGCAGAUUUUGUUAUACUUAGCCAGUAAAAAUAUCCCAGAUAAAAAAGAAUACAGCACAGAUCCCGGAUGUAAGUGACCAUAGAUGAGGAAUCUGUGACCCUCUAGGUGUUGCUACGCUUGAGUUCCCAUAGUCCUUCACCGCUGGCCAUCCUGCCUGCUGCUGGUCCAAACUGGGAGGAGUCCCAGCGACUCUGGAGGGCCGCAGACUCCCUAGUCCUGCCUUAGACCGAUAAAUGAGAAGUUAGAUACAAUGGACUCCAGACCCAAAAGUGAGAUGAUACCUCAAAUAUAACUAAUGCAAGUUCCUAAGGCUCAAAUCAGAGUAUCCAGUCCUGUGAGCAUCUGGGCAAGAGGUGAGGAGUUGAUUUAUUUCAAAGAAUGCAAAUGGCACGAAAGGGGGAUCAACCUUUUGAUUUGGUAACUGGGCACUGCAGACUUAAACCAACACCAUAGUUCAAUUGUUAAUUCUGUCAGCUUAACACUGGGCUCUUAACCUCCUCUGUUGAGUGCAGGGGUUUGUGUGUGUAUUUGUGUGUGUGUGUGUGUGCGUGCGUGUAUUUGAUGGGUACAUGACAGGUUGUUCCCCCCCCCUUUUCUUUCCUGUUCUGAAAGAGACUAUCUUGAAACCAGCGACCGUUCAUACUGCAAGCUAAUUUGGUUUUUGAAAUUGGGUUGAAUGGAAGAAAGGAUGAAUUUGUAGGACAUGAGAUUGUACUUGUUGGUUCAGAGUAUCUAUGACAGUGGGGAGUUUUAAAUAAAAAAUAUAUAUCAUUGGUAUGUAGAACAGAAAGCAGAACUGAGUACUGUAAUGAAUUGCAAUGGUGUACCUGCUCAGAUAAAGCAUAUGCUAAUCCCUAAAGCAGAUCUGUUAUUAUAGUAGUGUUGUUGGGUUGGCACUUUCCAAUGGAGCAUUACUUUUAACAUAGCCAAGUCUCAGCCGGAACUGGCAGAAUUGUGUCCUUUUCCCACUCAAACCAAUGUGAGAUCAGAACUGCUGAGUGAUCUUACAAAGUUGUAGCCGUCUCCAGAUACUUGAUGCUUCUGGGGAUCCCUACAGCAGCCGUGAGCCCUUACGGUGCUCCAUAAUACUUUGGGAAUAUUUAGAUAUUUUUAGAAAUCUUAUGUGCAGAGUGAGGUCUGAGAAGAAAGAACAGGCAUGCUAAACAACACAAGCUACCAAAGUUAAUAGAAAAAAAGAAAAGUGCUGGUGUUCUCCUAUCUCUAAUCAGUGGUCUUGCUAAUAAAUACAUUUUCAAAGUCAGAGAUUCUACUGUUAUCACUUCAUGGCCUCUGAAGAUCCACAGCAAUCAAACUGCAAGGAGUUUGUCAGACUAAGGACUGCUUCCCCCACAAAAUGUUCUUUAUCAAGCAAGCUACAAGGUCUCUGCUCCACCCCACCCCCCCUUAAACAGGGCUUGUAGCUGUGCUGUUUCUCAAAUGAAAAGUAGAUUAUGCCAUUUAUUUCUCAUGAAGUCCACUUUUGAUCCCUGCAAUCAUUUCUUGUUUUCUGGAACGGCCCUCUACUCCUAAGAGCAGGGCUUCGUUAUAUUUUAUGGUAAGAGGUUUGGAUUGUAUAUAAUUUCAUCUACUUUUUAUAAUAUAUUUAAAAAGAUACGAAGAGAGAAGAAAGGCACACUCUAGUAGAGUAUUUUAAUUUGGUCUGCUAUGGGGGAUGAAGAGGGAGCUCAACUUUCUCUUUGUGACUGAAGCAGUUGUUUCCUGUCUAGCUUUUCUAUUCCGCUUUCAAAUGGUGCUCAAGUGAGAAUCUGGUACAGGCAUCCUCCUCCUCCCAAACCUUUGGGCAGGGGAGGGUUCCAGGAAUUGCCUGUCUGAAUCCCAUAAAUUUGAACUAUUGCCUUCUUUUAAAAAGCUGUGCUUAUUAUUUUGAGAGGAUCAGGGAGUUUGCCCCUGGAAAUAAAAGUACAUGUUGCUGGAAAACAUUUUUAUGCUUUUUAACCUUGUGAAAUCCCUACCCUGCAUUUGAAAUUGAACUGUAUAAUAAACAUCUGAGUGUGUUCCAAA